AUUUACACAGCAUCUCUCCAGUUGGCUAGCCUGUCAGUGUCAGUGUUCAAGAAUGUUUCGGGUUUUGAUGGUGGUUUUCUUGCACAUCAUCGUGAUAACGAAUGCUUCCCAUGCAAAACAAGUUGGUGACAUAUGCAAAUCUCAUGCGGAGUGCAACUCUGGGGAGAAUCCCCUUCAUCACAGUAAGUGCGAAGAAUUAACGUGCCAAUGUGUGGCUGGAUAUUUUGGCGAGACCAAUGAUGCCAUCUGCGCCAAACCUGUUCUUGAUGAUUCAUGCGAAAACAAACCACCUGGGUACUGUUCGGCAGGAGUGGCCAACUCGGAGUGUAAUAAGGAAACGAAGUCGUGCGAGUGCGAGGAAAAUUACGUCAUGGAGGGGGUCAAUAUUUUCAGAUGCAUUAAAGUGGAAAGUGGCUCUCCCUGCGACCCCGAUGCGGAUACUGACGAAUGCGCUUCAUCCGGGAUAGCUGGUCUUUCAUGUGACCAAAUCAACGAGGAAUGUUCGUGUAAAAAGGGAUACGUCGUUUCCGAUAAAUACUCUGCUUGCGUGAAACUCGUGAGUGUUCCUGCUGACAAAUGCCCACCCUGUUACGAGACGAAUGGCCGUUGCAUCGACCUUGACGAAAAUGGCAAGUGGGAUGAUUGCAUAUGCCCAGCUAACAAGCAGAUGUCGGACCCAGAAGCUCUCGAUCUCGGUUGUAACGUCGGACUAGCCGAAAUUGGUGAUUUCUGCGACGAGGCGGUCAUCUGCUAUCGGGAAAAUUCCGACUGCGUUGAAAGUCCUGGUCUGAGUAAACACACGUUGUGCGCUUGCAAUAAAGGCUAUACAGCCAUUCCAAUCGUUGGGGGAAACGGCGACCAACAAUGCGUGCACGCGAUCGAUACGCGAGUUGAUCCUAAUUGCGAGACCUGUGAAGGUAACGGUGGCGCUUGUUACGACAGGGAUGGGGACACACUGAGAGAUGGGUGCCAUUGCCCGCACGAGAGGAGCUCAAGCGACCCAGAAGAUUACACCAAAGACUGUAACCUGUCUAUGUUUGCUGUCGACUGCCAUCCAAACUCAAUGGAAGUGCGCUUCACUCCCUUUAACGAUUCCGAGAUCACCUCAUUCGACCUUUAUGAAGGCGAAGCGACAGUCUACAUUGAGGGGAAGCAGGACAAAGAGCCCUGCGUUUUUGAAUCAAAUGGCAACGAUAGCUGGUCCUUAAAUAUAUCACUGAAGAACGAGGAAUUAAAGCAAUGCGGAACUCGGAGGAUACAUCUUUCGGGAAACAAAGAACACUAUGAGAACCGUGUGUGGAUACGGAAGAUUUCUGGUCAACCGAGUAAAAGUGAUCUCUGCUUCGAUGUCUACUGCUCGUACGAAACCAAAGCACGGGCAAGCAGCGCUGAUCUGGGCCGAGGUGUUGCUGUAAUCUGGGACACGAAAAAGUCGAAGGCGGGUAAAAGAGUGAAACAAGAUGUAUCUUUGGAGGUCCAAGACGAACAUGGGCGGGAUGCCACCAUCGUCGGGGCAAAACUUGGCAGUCGUGCCACGAUUAUCAUCGCGAUGGUUCCUGAAGAAGCACCCGCUUACGUUGGCAUGAAUGUUGAGAAUUGUGUUGCCUCCACUGAACCGUCGCCCACCUCGCCCACAGGAGCAUCGGUCCUUAUGAUAAGAGAUGGCUGCCCUGUUAAGGGUUUCAAUAUCUCCAUCGAGCUAACUGAUGACAACACACGGUUAAGUAUUGCCUUCCGCAUCUUCUUGAUUGGCACAGGCAAAGAUGAUCUAUUCUUCCACUGCUCUGUGAAUAUGUGUCGCGAGAACGGGCAGUGCGCACGGAGUAACUGUACGGAUGCCUCGCGUCGGCGGAGGAUGGCCUUGUCCCCCACACCACAGGUCGACCUGGGCACACUGACCGAGUCUCUUCACAGCCGUGCUGUGAGGGUCCUGCCAAGUGACAAGUUCUAUACGGGGGCGAAUAAAGAAAGGGUAUUCUAUUCAGAAGGAGAGAAACAGGAAGCAUUUUUCUCCACCCAAAUGGUGACCAUAACCAUUGCGGUUCUGUUAUCAGUCAUUGUGACCAUCGCAAUCGUGGCUGUGGCGGUCAUCUUGGUUAUAAGGAAAUCUGCCGCCGUUUUCCAGUCGCAGCUUACUCCACAGCCAUCGCCACCUCCUUCCGAAUGCUGAAGUAUUUUGUAAUCGUACACACGGUGUCUCAGAAAGGCCAGGACUGAUUAGAUUCAAGGGUGCAGAGAUCAUCACCGAGAAUGCAAUGGGAAAGCUCUCGGGGCAGUGAUUAUUUCGCCCAAAGUGACUUUCUGUGAUACUGUAUGUAGGAGUAGUGUGGUGCACUGUAAUCGCAUACGGAUGUCGUUUGUUACGGAGUGAGGUUGGUUUGUUGGUUUUGGUAUCUUUUUUAGUUGUUCGGCUAGACUUUAAGCCACGGUCGAUUUUUCUUUUACUGCCCUUUAGUCGGGGUCGUUUAUUGGCUUGCAUUGUUAUGUGUGGAUACAUCAAGGUUAUGUAUGAACUGUUAUUACUGAAUAUUACAAUGUUACCACAUUUGAUGAUCAUCAAUGUUGACUACAUUUGAGAUGUUACUACUUUUGAAAAGUUAUUUCUUACUGAGAAAUAUCAACUUGUAAAUUUUUUUAUUUUUUUUUGUUACUGCGUGAAAAGCGUGGUUGUUCUGUAAUUGAGUAAGUAAAUCAAUUGUUACAAUCGGACUGACUUGUAGUGCAGCCCGAUGUUUUUUUUAACGUGUCGUUCAAUGUUUUUCGGACUGAAUUUCGAUUUUGCUUUUGAACCGAGGCAUCGAAAUCAUUUUAUGGGUUCUUCUUUCAAGAAUAUUGCAAGCAUUAUUUACCAUUCAAAGACUUCUUUGAAUGUAUGUUUUAGUUUAUUUUAGAGAUUCGAUCAGUGCGCUUUAAUAUGGCGAGUUUUUAACCUGUCUGGAUUAAACUGACGGGGUCACCAUGUCCCUUAAAAAGGCCUCUGAAUGUUGACUGCAGAUCAAUUGACGUACUAUGCCCCUGAUUUCCUGCUCUUCAGUCGGUACCAAAGCAUUGAUGCAUCGAUUCAUUAUAUGGAAUUCCCCAACGCGAGUUUCCGAAUGGAACCCUAUACUGAAAUUGUCCACACGUUCAGCAGGCCGAUCAGCGCCGGACAUUUCAACAAGAAAUUAGAAGGUCGAGCGAAAUUCACUUUCCGUCAAUAGUUUUGAAUGAAAAUUCAUCUGUCAAUUGCCGUGAAUAUUUGGUAACAAAUUAGAAUU